AUGCCAGCCAAUGGCAAGGAGUGCCGCUUUCUAUUCUAUCCAAGAAAGGGAUUGGGAUUGUGUCCAAAGUGCACAGCCUCAAAUGUUGCGCUAUACUGUGUACUAUGUGGUUGGGCGUCGGGGAUCGGCGCAUUAUUUCCGCCGAUGCACAAGGUUCUUGUAUACGGUUAA